AUGAUUCUUGUUGCUGUGACUAGGGCAGCACCUUCACCAUAUUAUACAAGAAGUUUAGUGGAAACUCCAACAUCACGAGUUGAGCAACAUCUUUUGUUAUCUCCACAUUUGCAACAUUCUCAACCUAAACACAUAAUUCCGUUCACAAACUUUCAUUUUCCUAAGCAUCAAAUUGUUUAUUAUCAACAACCACAGCACGAUGGUCAAGAAUCUUUAGUACUUCAUAACUUAAACCAAGACAUGCCAUCGUGGCAAGAAUUGUGGAAUCAUUACGAAGGCUAUGAAAAUAGGAAAGAAUCAGAACAAGAAGAUUCAAGUGAAAAGUCUACGAAUGAUGUUAUGCAAGAUUCUGACCAUGAAAAUAUUUCAAUUGCUGAUGAAGCAAAGGAAGUUCCAGAAAAAGAUGACAAUGAUUCAAUUUCAGUGAUUUCAGCUGAUCAUCUUGACAUGACGCAACCACUUCAGAAUGUUUAUCAUUCACCACACGUCAUGCCUGUUCAACGUAUUUAUACACAAGAUCACAAACAGUUUUAUGUUGUCGGAAGUUUUCCUAAAUUCUAUGGAAACAUUGAAACAUAUCCAAAUUCUCCGAUAUUCAGCCUUCAACAAUUGCAACCAAUAACACGUAUUGAAGAUAAUAACCAUGCUGAAUCUCAGACAAUCGUACCAUCGCAAUUGCCAUCAACAACAACAGACUCAAGCAUCACAUUUAGAAUUCACGUCAAGGACGAAAGUGAAGAAGAAAAUAAAGAGACCAACAAUAGUGAAUUAAAAUAUACGAAGACUCCUUCAGAUAAUCGUGAAAAAAUUAUUUUAGAGCAUGAAGAAGACAACAAAAUGCACAACAAAAAAGAUAAGCGAGAACAAUUGAAAAUUGAAGGUGAGUUCGUGUUUAAGAUGAGUUGGCAAUCUGAUGCACUUAUUCUUUAA